AUGGCAUCUAUGGUGUCGAUGCCAGUUAGUAAUGUUCCACUAUCUCGCUUCGCUCGCGGGUCGACUCAGAAUAAUAGCGAAAGUGCUCAUGAUAAUGAUGCAGAUACUACAGCUUCUGCUACUAAUGGUGCAUCCCUGUCUUCUGCUACUAAUGGUGCAUCUCCAUCUUCUAUGAGAAUGGUCUCAUCUUCAAAUUCAACUCCGCCAGUUGGCCAGCCGCACCACCACCACCCAUUUCUCAACUCAAACUCAAACUCAAAUUCAAAUUCAAACUCGGUUUCGAAUCUAACCUCAAUCGCGGAAGCGGCGCAUUCUCAAAAUUCCUCGUCUUCUUUUGCACAAAGUUACGAUGACCAUGUUUCCCAAUUCAAUAACCCCUUGUCUUUGAAAAAUAUAGAUUUGAAAACAAUUGGAAAACAUCUAGUUAGUCCCGAAGAGAGCUUAAAGCAACAAGGUGGCGAUAUAACGCGCAGAUUAUAUCAUCAGAUGGAAAACGUUUCUGAUCUGCCUGGCGAUGACCAUCAUGCAACAAGUGGUGGCAUUGCUAUAGGUAAGCCAAAAAAAAUUCGUGCAAGAAGUACCUCGUUUUCAUAUUUGGAAGACGUGAGAAGAGGCUCAACCGCAAGUGAUAUUAAUGUUCCCGGGGGAUUUCGAAGAGAAUUUAUAGUUCAAAAAUCACUCAAAGAAAACCAAAAGCCUCCAGAUUUCUUAACCAAGAAUUUUAUGGAGUUUUUGAGCAUUUAUGGACACUUUGCUGGUGAAGAUUUCAGUGAUGAAGAUGGUGAAGAAGAUCUGGAAAAGGAAGAUGAAGAAAGCAUAAGUGAUAGAGGCGGAAGUACUGAUGAUUACGAAGAUGUGUUUGAUGAAGAGUCUAAUUUGCUAGUGCUACCGCCUAAUGAAAGAAGAGGUUAUGGCACAACAAUGCCCCAGUUACCCAAACAAUUGCCACCAAGGAAAAAAGCACCAAUGCCACGAGGAACAGCAACCGUUGCCAAGACAUUCUUCUUGGUGUUUAAAGCACUAGUUGGAUCGGGAGUACUAUUCUUACCAAAAGCUUUCUACAAUGGUGGGUUGUUAUUUUCAAUAAUCGUGCUUACACUAUUUGGAUUACUCACAUAUUUCUGUUACGUGGUAUUAAUACAAUCCAAACAAGUUUUGAAAUUGACAUCGUUUGGUGAAUUGGGUUAUAGGACAUAUGGGAAACCUUUAAAAUAUUCAAUAUUAGUAUCUAUCCUUCUAAGUCAAGUGGGAUUCGUUGCCACAUAUAUCUUAUUUACCUCGGAGAAUAUGAUUGCAUUUAUUGAUCAGUUUGUCCUGGUUAGGCCCGAAUGGUUGAACCGAGCAAACGCCGUCAUUGUACAAUGUUGCUUAAUGAUUCCUUUAGUCUUGAUUAGAAACUUGACAAAGCUAUCAGUGGUCUCCUUAAUUUCAUCGUUUUUUAUUGUAUUGGGAUUGUUGAUAAUCUUUUACUUUUCGGGCUUGAAGAUAUAUCUUGAUGGAAUUGGACCUAAUAUAGAAAAUUUUAAUCCAAAUAGUUGGACAAUGUUAAUUGGUGUUGCAGUGACUUCUUUUGAGGGUAUUGGAUUGAUACUCCCUAUAGAAGCAUCAAUGGCGCAACCUGAGAAAUUCCCCAUGGUAUUAUCAGUUAGUAUGGCUGUAAUUACUGCGAUAUUCGUGGCAAUUGGAACAAUUGGAUAUACUGCAUUUGGAGACAAAGUCAAGUCUAUAGUUAUAUUAAACUUGCCCCAAGGAAGUAUUGCAGUACAGUCGAUUCUAUUACUUUAUUCUAUUGCUGUGUUCUUAUCAGGCCCGUUGCAAUUAUUCCCUGCGAUAAAGAUUGGAGAAUCUAUACUAUUCAGACAUCGCGGUAAAAGUAACGCAAACGCCAACGGGAACGGAAACUUGGUAUCUUCUUCUUCUUCUGAUGGGAAAUUGUACCAUCAUUCAGGAAAGCAUAAUCCACAUGUCAAGUGGCUCAAAAACGGAUUCAGAGCAUUGGCAGUAAUGUUUAUUUGUCUCAUUGCUUAUUUGAAUGCCGACAAUAUCGACAAGUUUGUUUCAUUCAACGGUUGCUUUGCAUACCGAAUGCCCAUUGAGAAGAAGAGACCGUUCAAAGAGCAGGAUGAGUCUGUACUAAUUUUCGAUGAGGAAUGCACCAGAUCCAAUGCUGAUACCGAACGCAAGCUCAAGCCUAAAGCAGCUGUCAAGAAACUAAGUUGUCAAAGAUGUCGUAUACGCAAGAUGCGAUGUGAUUUCAAUAAUCCGUGCUUCAACUGUAAAAAUUUGGGAGUUGAUUGUAUUGAAACGACCCAGGAUAUGAGGAAAAAAAGGCCGCCUGCUACAUACGUUAGAAAGUUGGAAACGCAAAUUUCCAAUAUUCGACAGUUUAUUGAAGAUUUCCAGAAAAUAAAAAAUGUUGAGGACCAAGUGAAAUUUCUACAACACGUUGAUUUAUCAGGAUUGGUUGGUGGUGAUGGUGAUGGUGAUAAUAACGGGAGUGGCGGGGUUGCUAGCUCACUUCCGUCGCACCAUAAUCAAAGCGACCAUCAUGAUGAUGUAGACGAAAAUAAGGCUAUUUAUGGACCAACCUCGGUUUACGAUGAUAUCAUCAUCACUAACAACAACAACACCAACAACACAGCUAGCCUAAUAACAAGGAAAGAUGAUGAAGUUCUGAUAAUUAAUCAUAUGAACAAAGAUCCAGAAAUUCUAGAGUGUCUUCGUUUAUUCUUCACCUGGCAAUACCCCGAUCACAACAUGUUCAUAUUCCGGGAAUCUUUUCUUAUUGAUUUCUUUAAUCCAUCAUCCACCAGCCGGUAUUGCUCGAAAAUUUUGGUUUUGAGCAUUUGUGCACUUGGAUCACGCAUGUCCUUGGAUGAUAAAAUAUAUCGCAAGUCAAGGCAGUUUUAUAAAGAGCUGAAACAACUUCUACUUAACUCCAUGAACCAGCCUUCAAUCACAUCUUUUCAGAGCUUUUUAUUGCUAGCGUUUUUUGACAUUUGCAAUGGAGCAAACUCGAGCGGUUGGAUGUUAUCUGGGAAUGCAAUGAGAAUGGGGUUCGAUAUAGGAUUUCAGUUGAAUCCGGAGGUUUGGUUUGUUAAAUCAAAGGAAAGCAUUAGCAAAGUAGAUGUUGAAAUCCGAUCACGGAUUUACUGGGGCUGCUAUAUGGCUGAUCAUUUCAUCAGUAUGAUUUUGGGGCGACCUUCCAUUUUGAAGUUCUCUGAUGCUUCUAUUCCAGAAACUAAGGAUUUGCCUGAUUUGGAAUGGAUUGACGACUACACAUAUAGUGGAUACUUGAAAAAGAAAAAGGAGAAUGAGAAAGGUAAGAAAAAGAAGAAAAUGGAGGAGGUAACAACAACAGCAGUAGCAGCAAAAACAACAACAACAACAACAACUCCCUCUUCUGCUGCUGCUGCUGCUGCUUCUUCUUCUUCUUCUUCGUCUUCUUCUUCGUCGUCUUCUUCUUCUUCUUAUUCUUCUUCAUCAUCAUCGACCACUAGUGCUGUCUCUUCAGAAACACCUUCAUACAUUGGAGAUCCUUUGAACCAAAUUAUAAACCUCAUCAACAUAAGCGAUAACAUGUUAAAUGACAUUUUCACAAAGUCAGAAUUGGGAAGUAACCAUCAUAGUACCGAGGACUUAGACCUUACAUCAAGAUUAGGCAAAGUGUUUGAUUACAACUGGCAAAUUAUGAGGUGGAAAGAAGAUUUGCCUGCAAAUUUACAAUGGAAUAGGAAGACCUUAAUUAACACGGGCGAAAAUCCAACAUAUUCUGGUAUACGAUAUUACUACUACAUAUUGAUACUAUGUCUUAAUCGACCAUUUAUUGGACUAGAAACAGAGAGUUUCCCCACAAAUAAUCAUUUAUCCCCAUUACCUAUCUGCCUAAAUGCGAUUGAUGAUCUUUACGGAUCUAUAAAUAAGUUUGAAACGGAAUAUGGAUUGAAACGAGCCUCUAUAUUCAUCGUUUAUGCGUCAAUCCUUUCCAUUUCAAUUAUUUUGCUAACCAAUUCAACCAUAUCUCAAUCGAAUGAGCACAGUAAAAGAUUACGAUUCUUUAUGGGUGUCUUACGUGGAUGCUCAAGGACUUGGAAAUUAGCUGAAAAAUCAUACAAUUUAAUUAAAGAAAAAUUAAAGCAAAGUGUUCAAUUGGAAGAGCUGAAAGAUAUUAGGAAUCAAAAAGAAAAGUUACUUGGCUCAAGUACCAAGUUUGAAUUUUCUACAGUAGAAUCCAAAUCAAAAAUCAAAAACAACCCCAUUGCUUUUACAACUGCUCUUCCUAAUAGUGCUAGUGGUGGUGGUGGUGGUGGCGACGGCGGCGACGGCGGUGCUAAGGCAACGGCAAUCAGACCAUCACCCAUCUCAAGUGUCGACUCACAAAACUUCUCCACUGCAGAACUAGUACUAGAAGACAAUAUAGAUUUCCUAGGCGGUCCACCUGUACUUAUGACUUCCGAUUUAUUCAAUGAAGAUUGGGAAUCAUUGUUCCCGGAUUACAUCUUUCAUUCCAAAAACUAA